CAAGGAUACAGAAAAAUCUAUGUACGAAGGACUACUGUGACCAACAUGGAAACCUCAGUACCCUCUAACCACAGCAUCAUAGCCUCCAGUACUCCACAUCGACCUCCAGACCAACAACAUCAACUAGUCAAUCAGGAAGCACCUAUCCAUAAACCAACAACUGCCAAUCAUCCUACCAACUCACCCUACCCUCAGACCAGAACCACCAUAAAACCGAGUACGGCCUGCAGUUGCCGUGGACAGGUAUAAACCACAUACGAUACCCCGGCGAAUCUCCGUGGCGCGACGGAGGUUUAUAAGUAGUUAGUUGUAGUUUAC